AUGUUUCGAACGAGACGGGCACAUCAAAAAUCCAGAAUGGGGUGUUUCGCGUGCAAGCGGCGGAAAAGAAAGUGCGAUGAGCUGAAACCAUCAUGCACGCGCUGCGAAUCGACUUUCCAAAAAUGCAGUUACCCACCAGCAGUGUCCCCUGCUGCAGAUGAGCCAAGGGACACAUUAUCCUUACCGAGUCCGCCAUGCAGCCAUUUUUCAGGGUCUCCAAAUGCCUCUGCAUUUUCGGAAGACUCGCCAUCAUUUGAGACAUCAGUUCCGUUGACUCCCGCAUCUGUGGAAGCAGCAUCGUACUCCGAUGCCAAUGGGGAUCCUGCCAUGCGACUAUCCGAUGCCGACCUCUACCAACAUUACCUGGAGCAUACGAGUCGUACACUGACGCACUUUCCUGGAGGUCAGGAUGCAUUCCAAACGGCCAUACCAGCUCUGGCAUUGCGCAACAAAAUGGUCUUCUAUUCACUGCAAGCCCUUUCUGCAGUUUGUAUAUGUGGUGACAUGAUAGAUGAAGAACCUCCUCCCAGCCUAGAUGCUAUCAAUCAUAUCUUGAUGACCGGGUAUCGCCUCUGCAAUCUGGCGAGCGAGCAGAUGAGAGACUUGAUCGCACAGCCUGAUACACGUACUUCAGAAAUGGAACUUCUCUUGGCGAGUGCCUUGCUGUUAGUCCCUUUCACGACGGUGAGCCAGCAAGUAAGCCAUUGGAUAUCAAGCAAAAGGAAGACGAGCAAGUCCCACAAACUCCUCUCAACGACUCCAAGAGAUGUAAUAGUCAUGAUGCGGGGAAUAAGGGCGACGGUCCAAGCAUUGGAUUCACGCGAGUCGAUUGCGCCCCCAGAGACUAGACUUGCAGCAGACACACCGUCGCCGUUGCUAAGCGUUAAUGGCUCAACGCCACUGCCUCCAUCGCGCACGCAUGUCAUGUUCCCAAUCAUCGCUGCGACCAGUCAAGCAGCGUUAUCCAGGCUUCAAGAGCGUCUGAAGUCUCUCCUCCACAGCAAUGUUGGUCACGAGCGAAAUCAAUCAUCUGCCUGCGCCACCGCCUUCGAAUUCCUUGUCAACAUCAGAACCAAGGCAUUCUCCCAAUCAGACUCAUCCGCACCACGACCUACCAGACUCACGGCGAAGGAACCGCGAACAGGAUUGUGGCUGCGAUGCUAUGCGAGCGGACAUGCGAUUCUACGGCCCACAGAACCACUAACAUACCAUUUUCUCGCCUUCCUUGUCCAGGCUCCGCAAGCAUACCUCGACCUCGUCCUUCCGCUACUUGACCAGCGACUAGAAAGCCCACCUGCAUCCAGUCACACAUUAUCACAAUUGACAAAGGAGCAGGCUCUUGCUCUCGACAUCUAUGCACACUGGUCCGUGCUCAUGUUUUUGGUCGAGGAAGAGUCGUGGUGGAUUGGGAAGCUGCCGAUUGUCACGCUUACGGGGAUGGUGAAUAGAUAUGGCGAUAAUUUUGUGGGUAGGUUGUGGCCGGAGGAGAGCCAUAGUCAGGAGCAGUGGUGGCCGGGUAGUAUGUUGAGGAUUUUGCGGGAGGUGAAAGGGUGUCGAUGACGUUCGCUUUCUUGGUUGGACGUUUAGAUUACCGACCCAGACUGGCUUCGUGGCCUUUCUUGCUCUACAUUCUGCCACGGAAUAGGAC